GCGCAGUACCGAUCUCGCAAUUCUCGGCAGUUCUUUUGUCAUCUCGCUAGAGAUCGUCUGUUCACUUCUACAAUUCACAUAUAUCCGUAGACAGCGAAGUUAAUCGACAACCAAACUACUACCGGAAAAGAUAAUCGUCGCUACGUUGGCGGGAAAGAACCACAUCUUGCUAUCCGUUUGCUCCGCGUCUGUCAUCGCGGUGAAAGAAGUAAUUCGUACCGGUUCCAGCAAACUAGCUGUGACAGUUUAAGGAGAGAGAUUUUUCUAAACAAGCAUGGCGCCAAAUAUAACCAGCACACCGACAGGAGUGCUCUUCGAGGGCGAAACUGUGACCGAGCCGCAACUGAUGGAGGAACGUAAAGAAAUACCAAAAUAUGUUAGACGCAUCGUGUGGAGAAACGUGGCGAUUUUCACGUUGUUACAUCUCGGGGCUCUUUACGGAAUUUAUCUAUCUUUUACGUCCGCCAAAUUGGCGACUGUCAUUUUCGCAAUCUUUUUAUAUCAAUGCUCGGGCUUUGGAAUUACAGCUGGAGCUCACAGAUUAUGGGCACAUAGAUCCUAUAAAGCCAAGUGGCCUCUUCAGUUGCUGCUCAUGAUUCUCAAUACUAUAGCAUUUCAGGAUUCUGCAAUUGACUGGGCUAGAGAUCACAGGGUUCAUCACAAGUACAGUGAGACUGAUGCCGAUCCACAUAACGCUAAGAGAGGUUUCUUCUUCUCGCAUAUAGGAUGGCUACUUUGUAGGAAGCACCCGGAAGUCAAGGAAAAGGGCAAGGGAAUUGACUUGAGUGACCUCGAAAGCGACCCUAUAUUGGCAUUUCAAAGAAGAUAUUAUAUCAUACUGAUGCCAUUGCUAUGCUUUAUUUUACCUACUGUCAUUCCGGUUGUGUGUUGGAACGAAACGUGGACAAACGCUUACUUCAUUCCCACCGUUCUUCGUUAUAUUUUCACGUUGAAUAUGACGUGGCUAGUAAACUCCGCGGCGCAUCUCUUUGGCAACAAACCUUAUGAUAAAUUCAUCAAUCCAUCAGAAAAUAAAAGCGUUGCUUUCUUUGCUCUUGGAGAAGGUUGGCAUAAUUAUCAUCAUGUAUUUCCCUGGGAUUACAAGACAGCCGAAUUCGGCAAGUACAGUCUCAACUUUACCACGGCCUUCAUCGACUUUUUCGCGAAAAUCGGUUGGGCUUACGAUUUGAAGAGUGUGUCUGAAGAUAUGGUGAAGAAACGGGUAGAAAGAACGGGCGAUGGCAGCCACGAAUUAUGGGGUUGGGGUGACAAAGAUCAGACGCAAGAAGAGAAAGAGGAGGCGAUAGUCACGCAUCAUCACAUAAAGGAGCAGUAAAAUCAUGCGCGGUGGAAGGUCUUCCGGUUAGAAUUUAAAAGUUUUUUCCAUAUUCGUUUACGACGACUAUUUGUUUGUAUAGAUUUUACAAUGAUUUCAUGAAAUGUGCAUUCGAUUAAACGAGCCUUCCAAGACUCACAUCUCGACGUUACGUAUUUCGCUUUUAACGUCGUUAAAUGAUUAUUUGGCGGGUUCCAUAUAAUAUAGCCUCGGAAGGUUUGAUAUCGAGAAACAUUGAUCGCCAUUCUACGUAAUAUUGAUUGGCUCGAUAAAAUCGAACUUUUAUCUACUUUUAAAGUAGGAUUAAAUUAAAUUGUAUUCUAAUUAUACUACGUAAUGAUCGAAUAGUUAUGUUAUUCGAAUGAUUUUUUUAACGCGCAAUCCUAACGGGGAUAUAUACAUAAAUAUGUAUAUAUGAUAUGGAAGAAACAGGACUAUAUAUAUAAUUGAAACCAAAUGUAUUAAUUUUGUACUUUAAAAUAACGCGCAAAUAACUCGGUACUGCGAUGAAAAAAAAAAGAAAGAGAGAAACAUGAUAAUAUAAAUUAAAAUUAAAUUUUGCUAUCACGAUCAAUCGAUUUUUUUAUAAAAAUGUAUUAAUUGUGUAUAUUAAUAUUUAUAAUAUAUGAAUUAAAAAAAAUUAUGAAAACGUGAUACAGAUGUACAAAAAUAAUUACUUUUACUAAUAAUUACUUUUACAUGACUAAAUUGUUGCUCAACACUUUUAACAUGCAAUUAUUAUAUGACUAAAUUGAAAGUUUUUGAUUAAAAUAAAUAAUUUAUUUUGUAAUACGCGAAUCUGAAUAUACGCGAUAUCAUCUUAUCGAUCAAAAUCGAUUUUAAAUAAUGUUAUAACAGCUAAAACAUUAGCGAUGUCAUUCUUAAAUGUAAGAAUUAUAUUUGAUUUCUUCCUUUUUCUUUUUUUUAUAACGCACGUUAUAGGUAUAGAAAUUUUUUGAGUUUUUAUUUGUGAUACAAUAAGACUUUGUUUCUUUACACAUUAAAUGUUUUUUUUUUCUUUUUUUUCAAUUUAAUACUGUUUUGCACUUAUUACAUUAGUUUAUAUACCCCAAUGGAUAUGCGAUGAAAUUGAUUUCUAAGAUAAAUAAAUUAUUUGUGUUUGAAAGAGAGAAACAGAUUUGUGAAUAGAAAAAUUUAUGCAUUGAUAAUAAUAUAGAGAAUUACAUAAAUCAAAGCGAGCAUAAUUAUCAAUUAUGUAAUUUGCGACUUAAUGAUAUAUAUAUAUAUAUAUAUAUAUAUAUAUAUAUAUAUAUAUAUAUAUAUAUAUAAAAUGACGUUUGUAUUAAGAAUAAGAUACAUAUUGUUUUGUUUUUUUUUUUAUACCAAUUGAGACAAUUGAUAAAAUUCAAGAAAUUACUAUAAAAUUCAAGAACUAAAAUUGUUGUAGUGUCAAUAAUAUAAAAAUGUGAAAUAAGAUGAGAAAAGUCGAAGUUUUUUUAAUAUAAAUUACGAAUUUGUCGAUAUAAAAUACGAACUCGUCGAUAUAAAUUACGAACUUAUCGAUAUAAAAUAAAUUUUAUUUAUUUUUUUACACACAAAAUCGUAUAUAUGGAAAUGCAGAGCGUUUCAUGGUUUUGUGGUGCCAUACUCAAAGAAACUGAUUGAAUGUUUCGUUAAUUAUACCAUUCUUAUGUAAUUGUUUACAGUCGAACUCUUCUAUUCUGAAAAUUUGCCGGAAGCCUCUCCGCUAUUCUAGAAUUUUUUUAGUUAAUUUAUUCUAAUGACAUGUAAAAUGAAAGCGUCUUUAUUUUUUGUCAUUGCAUUUUCUUAUUCUACACAUGAAAAACAUAUAAUGGGACAAUGUAAGAGAGGAAUUUUAGUUCUUUUUAUUUCUUUAUUAGAAUGCCAUUGUUCUUCAUGGGACGCAAUUCUACGUCUUUGAAUUCCAAAUUACUAAUUUACAAUAACGCGGAGAAUAAAAAAUGUAGUAAAAACAGCAUAGAGGAUUUCUACUAUAAAUUAAUAUUUUGUGACAAUCACUCCGAUACUGGUUAGUGCAUUCGUCUUAAAGUUGAUAUUAUUACAAAUUUCUAUGUCCGAUUUAUCAAAACUUCUUAUACUAGUUUUCAUAUUACUUCUAAUUCUUGGUAUUUAAAUCACGGUAUAACUACUUAUUCGUCCAAUAUAAAUACGAAAAACGAUUUUAGCGAUUGUGUCGCCGAGGACACAAAAUUAUUGAUAUUAUCAUUAUUGUUACAUGUAAGAAGAAUCGCACGAUUCUAUUGUAUUGUAUAAUACACAAUGAAUUCUGAUAUUAAUAAUUAAUAAUUAAAAUAAAAUGUUUAAUAAAAGUAUAUUUUUAAGUAAACACAGACACAUUGCACAUUA